AUACUUUUUCUUUUCCUUUUUCUUUUUCUUUCUUUUCCGGGAAUCAAAUAGAAAUCAUAUUGGUUCCAAGUGGGUGUCAUCUUCUCGCAAAUUAUUGAUGGAAGAAAGAUUUUGAUAAAAUCCUUCAACAGAAUGUCGACGUAUUCUCCGACGAAAGCGUUUCAGUUUUUGAGAUUAAAAGGGUUUCUCUGCCGAUCUGAUGCUUCUGAUUCCGAAGUCUAAGCCAUCAAAAUCAACACACUCCUUUCUCCUCUCAGCUAUUUUACUGAUAUUGGAUUUCAGUUAUGGCAGAAUCCUUUGCAGAUACUUCUAACACCAUCAUAGAAGAAAGAGAGGAACUCAUUAUCUCACCAAUUGGUGAUAGUAAGCCAAUUCUGAGAACUGCCCACUUCCUGAAACCUAUCAUAGCCUCCAUUGAUGAACCUGAUCUUCUUCCGCGCUCUGUAUCUUUACCACUACCACCAACCAAUGAGCCUAGGAAGCGUUCCUUGAAGGUUGAAUUCGGAGCCUGGAGACACCGACUUCAAGAAUGGAACAAAUGGGUUCUUCAAAUGCAUUCGAUACACCAUUCUGCUUGGGAAAAGGCUGGUAUAUGUGAAGCAAUUCUGAGUUCCACUUAUGAAAUAAGUAGAUAUAAUAAUUUGAUUUUUGGGUUAGCUGAGUAUUGGUGUCCAACCACAAACUCGUUCAUUUUCCCUUGGGGAGAAGCUACUAUUACGUUAGAGGACGUCAUGGUUUUGGGACAUUACCCUGUUCUGGGGUCCCCUGUUUCUUCAUGCUCUGUUCAGAAGGUAGAAUUGAAGAGGAUUGAAGUGAAAUUGAUGGAUUUUCAAAGAGUGGUUGGAAAAAAAGCUAGAAAGGUCGGUCAGUAUGGAUGGAUGAGGAGCUUCACUCAAUGUGGCACUGAAAUAGAGCACGAAGCAUUUCUUUCACUGUGGUUAUCGAGAUUUGUUUUACAAAACUCUGCUCAAACAAUUAGAAAACAGAUUUUCCCCAUAGCGAUUAAUCUAGCUAGAGGGAUCCCAGUUGCCCUUGCACCAGCAGUUCUUGCAAGUAUUUACAGGGAUUUGAGUCGAAUGAAGGCAAGAAUCAUCUCUGCCAAAUUUAGUAUCGGUGAGGAUGUAUAUAAUGAGUCAACACUGCAUAUCUCGGCGCCAUUUCAGUUGGUGCAACUCUGGGCAUGGGAGAGAUUCCAAGCAUUUCAGCCGAAACCCAACAUGAUAAACCCAGGUGAUCCAAGAUUCUCUCGAUGGAACAAAGUGAGGUAUUCAAAAGUUGACAAUGUUGUGUUGGCUUUAGCUUCUGCCGGAGAGAAUUUUAUUUGGCGACCUUAUGCAAAAUUUCUGCCUAACUGGGCUUUCCCCCGGUUUUACAACGAAAAAGAAGAGUGGAUAUCUACAGAUUUGAGAUUACGUAGCGAUCUGGAGUCAUUUGCUUGUUGCUUGAAGGUCUCAAAACUUGUUGGAAUGGGAUUUACAGAAAACUACUUUCCACAUCGAGUAGCAAUGCAAUUUGGAAUUGAUCAGGACAUUCCAGGUCAUGUAGAUCAAUCUGAUGAGAAUUCAGAAGUUGCUUGGACAAAUUUCUCUGGGCCUAUCACUGAUGCAAAGUUUUAUAUCCCAUCACGAUUCUUCCUAUCAGGUGUUACACUUCGAUACUUGAAUUGGUGGAACCAAUUGGUCUCACGCAAACAGAACACAAACGAAUUUUCUGUUCAAAGAUUUUCAAUUCAAAAGAAGAAGAGUAUGGAUUUUGUUGAUGAAGAUAACACAGCAGCCAUGGGAAAGUUGAGUCCUUGCGGCAAACGCAAGGGUUAUAGCGACGCAACAUUUAGCUACGAUAAUAAGUUGCGUACCCAAUUUCAAAGUUCUUCACCUUCAGAACAUAUAGAGCUGCAAACUGCUCUGCAGAUAUUGAAAACAGACCUGCGGGCUUUGAAAAAGAAUAAGAAAAACAGAGUUCCUGAUGUUCCACCUGGUUUUCAACCCAAAUCUCAAACGGUGAAAAUGGAAAAUUCCCAUGUAGGAGAUGAACAAACAGGUAAGGAAAUGCUUCCUGUUGGCCAGAGAGCAUUUGAUAAUAUUGGAAAGUUGAAUGGCCAAUCUCAAAGUUCUUCAUCUUCAUUGACGCAUGAUAAUACUGCAACAGAGAUGCAUUCAACACCAAAAUCAGUAGAGAAUAUUUUGCACAGAGAAGUUGCGUCGUUGAGUUCACAGAGAGACCUGGAAGAAACCAAUGGAAGUAAAGAAGUAAAGCUGGUUCUCACUGGCAAUGAAAGAGAAGAUGGUGGUGAUACACCUGAAAUACCAGGAUUGGCACUGGAGGCUCGGAUUAGAAGUCUUGAAACAGAAGUUACUAAACUAAAAGCUGCAAGAUUUUGCGACAGGUUACUGAAUCUGAAGCAAAUGCAGUUGCGGAACCAACAAAUUCACUACUCUUCUCCUCUGUCAGCAGUCAUGCCAUAGCAUUCAUCUUUUAUCGACUUGUUGACAGGAGAAUUAUUUUUGGUAAAAUUGCCUUACAACAGAAUGCCGACGUCUUCUCCGUCGAAAGCGUUUCGUUUCUGCGAGAUAAAAUGGGUGUCCAACGGCUGCGUCUGAGUUUGGAUUUCAGUAAUGGCGAAAUCCUUUCCGGAUACUACUAACUCCAUCAUAGAA